GCACGCUUUUUGUGACAUAUGUAUUAAAGCAAUUGAGCAAGGUAUGCGACCCAACACACAUUUCGACAAAGCUGGGUGGAAAUAUGUUAUGAAUGGCUUUAAGGAUCAAACUGGCCAUGCAUUAACGAAAGCACAAUUAAAGAAUAAGUGGGACAGAAUUAAAAAAGAUUGGAGAAUAUGGAAAAGGUUGAUUUCUGAAACAGGAGUAGGCUGGAGUGCUGAACUUGGAACAAUUUCGGCACCUGAUGAAUGGUGGAAAGCUAAAAACCAGGAGAUACACAGAGCAAGAAAGUUUAGGCAUGCUGGAAUCGAUCCCACAUUGUGUUGUAAAUAUGAUAUCAUGUUUACAAACACUGUUGCUACCGGUCAGUAUGCUUGGGCUCCAUCACAGGGUCUGAAUUCUGAUGAAGAUGGUGUCGGUGAAAGGCAAACUAACGCAGUUAAUGAGGACCCUUAUAUUGAGGAAGGUAGUGGAGAUUCUGAGGAGGAUAGUCUACCAAAUUUUAUUGUCGAUGUCAGUAAUAUGGUUAUUGAUGUCACUUUUGCCAACAACACAAGCAAUCUCACUGGUAGUAGUGGGAAGAGAAAAGGUGUGCAACAAAGCUCCCAAAAAAAUAAGAAAAAAAAGGGGUGUCGGAAAGGGAUCGUAAUUGUUUUCGCGUUUAGAUAAGUUGGUUGAUAAUGUGUCUACCAAGAAUGAAUGCACGUCAAGUGGUUUGGAUAAAAAAUGAUGUAGCAUAGAAAAGGUGAUGAAGGAGUUUCACUCCAUUGAGGAAGUGGUGUUCGGCAGUGAGCUGUAUUAUUUUGCAACUGAGUUUUUUAUGGUUAGAAGUAGGAGGGAAAUGUGGGCAGCAAUUGGUGAUAUGGACCGAAAAUUUCAGUGGUUGAAAUUAAUGUUCGAUCGAA